AACCUUAAUCAUUUCAUCACAAAGAGAACAAAGUCAAAGAACAGUUAUAGUACAUAACCUUGUUCAUUGUGAAUGAGUGAUUAGAUUGUGACUGAAAUUACUACAACACAACAACCAACCUGCGAAUAGCCGCUGAUCCUCGAAUACCAGGGGAAGAACAACAAAGAAGAAGAAGAAGACUGAUGAAGUUCAGACUCAGAGUUCGUCAAAAACUCGCACAAUUCACAAUGAUGACAAUCAUUUGAAUACUGACACGUAUUUUAAUACGUGGGGCAAUGCUUAAUUUCCAAUGAAUUCUUUACAAAUUAUUUGGGGAAUAUGAAUAUCGAUUCACUCCAAUUCGUUCUUAAAUCAUAGACUUUAUUAAAUAAAAUGAAAUUUAAUGGUUUACCUCACCAACUUGUUCAACAACUCCGUCUGAUGUCCGUCAAAUAAUUCUUAGACUUUCAUUUUAAGCCCGCUCGUCGUUGACUGAUGUCGGAUGAUCAAUGAGAAAAGGCGAUGAAGCUGAAACAAAAUAAUGGCGGGACCUUUGAAAAAUCCGGCACAUUUCAUGAAACCCCCUAGCUAUGGCGUUGGUGGACCAUCUUACAAGCUGCUGCCCCCAUCAGCCCUAACAGUCCCAGCCAAAACAGCACCCAAGGUCACUGGAGUCUCAGGAGAACCAACAACUUCUCCGAAGAAAGCUAGAAAACAGUCCCCUCGAAAAUCUAAUCACCAGUCAUCUGCUGCUGCUCAACAUGAGAAAGAGACUCAGGUUACCCUGCCACCGACGACACCGCCUGUGGUACCCCAUGGAGAAAGUGGCCAUCCUAGUUACCCACCAUACCAGUACCACCACCACCAGCUACGCCCUCAGGGACCACACCCCACCCAACCCUACCGCCAUCCUCCCCCACCACCACCUCCACCCAGCCACCCUGGACCAGACCCACACCACCUCCUGGAACUCCAACGCCAGACGGAGAUGAUCGUCAGCCGCCAGGCCGCGGACAUCGCCCGGCUCAAGACGGAGCUGUCCACCCAGGAGGCCCAGCACUCGGCGGAGCUCGCCAGGAGCAAGGCCGGGAGCAGGGAGUCCAGGGUGGGGCUGGAGGAGGAGAUCUUGAGAUUGAAGGAGGAGAGGAAGAGAAGUGAGGCCAGCCACAAACAGCAGGUAAGCCAUAUGGUAGAGGAGCAUCGGACGGAAACCAGUCGUUUGGCAGAUAAAAUGAGGAAACUUACAGAAGAUCUCCAAAGGACAAGAGAAGAAUCAGAUGGCAAGAUUGCCAAUUUGACGAGCCGUCUUGCUACAGAGAAGGAAUCAAGUAGUGGUGAAAAAGAUCAGCUGCAAUGUGAUAUCAGGCAGAAACAGGAAGAAAUCUCCCAUCUUACAACUCAAGUUGCUCAACUGAAGGCUUACAUAGGCGAUGCUCUCCCGAGCAGCAAGACCUCGGCUCAGUGGAACAUCGAAAAACAAAACUAUGACAAGAAAAUAAAGCUAUUGGAGGAUGAGAAAGAGAAUAUCCAAACAACUGCGGACAUGCUGAAUGUAAGACUAUCGUCGAUGAACGAGAUCAUGGCCAUCCAAGAGAAAGAGAUGACACAGGUAAAGGAAUUGGAUCAUGAUAUGACGAGCAAACGUACUGGAGAAAUCCUGCUGACCAAGUGGAGAGAGAAGGUAUUUGCUCUCCUGGUUCAGAGGAAGUCCCUUGAAAUCGUCAUCAAGAAGGAUGCUUCUACCUAUCAAGAUAAGCUCAACAGUAUUGAGGGUCAGCUAGAAGGAGCCCUCAACAAGGCGCGAAUCCUGGAGCAUGCCUUAGCCGACAAGGAGGCUCAGCUGCAGCUGGAGAAAAAUAAUGUUACGAAAGUUGAGCAGGAGCUAGUCUCUGUUCAAGAAGUGGCAGGAAUGCUUGACAGGAGACUACAAGAGAGUGAAGCUUGCCUUUGUAGGAUGAGGGAUAUGGUUAUCAGGUGUCAUAAACAUUCCAAUGGACUGAAUACACAAAGCAAAGAGAUGGAUUCAAGACUAAACUCUCAUCAACAACGAUUAACUUUUGCUAUCAGCAGAAUCGAACUCCUGCAAGAUCUACUGGCUUGCCGGGAUUCCAUGCAGAAGUUGAAGGUUGGAGGUUCGAGCCUCCGAGGAUGCGCCGACCUAUCAACGCAAACAGAAGAUCAUUCCUCCAUCCCAGACAGUGUACCUACAGAACUGAAAACUGAGAUGGAACGACUUCAGAAGGAAAGAGAUAGCCUUGCUUCCAGGCUCAAAGAGGAUUCAGCAGUCGUUCAACAGAGGAUCGAUGACAUUAGGAAAGAAAUGAUGAGCAAAACAGAGGAAUAUGAAAUGAAAAACGAUCAACUUAGAGCCAGGAUAUUUGAUAGAGGGAAGGAGGUGGAAAGUCUAGAGGAGAGGCUUGGUGAAAGUGAGAAGUCCUUGACUGAAUCAAGAGAAGAGACUCUCAGGCUCAGAACAGACCUCGCCCGCUCUCAGCUAGUGGCAGAAGGAGCUUCAGAUGAGAAGUGUAAGUUACUUGAAUCCCAGCACACAAAGAGACUAGCCGAGAUGGAGAAAAGACUCAAUGAGGCUAGGAGAGAACAUGCCAAAGCAGUCGUGUCCUUGAGACAGCUGGAAAGACGCCAUGCACGUGAGAAGGAGAGAUCUUCGGAAGCCUUGACAUCGCAGGAGGAGUACCUUACAAAGGAGAUAUCAAAACUCAAGACCAGACUUACUGAAGCAGAAGCUGACAGGAACAUGCUAAUGGUAACUCUGAAACAGGAAGGUCUUCUCCCAACUCACAGGGCAAAGCAGACUGGUGGCAUACCAUCUCUCAUGGGGAAAGAGAACAGGGAUGACAUAGAUGAUGAUGGAGAGAGAUGUGAUAACAAUACCAUAUCACCCACUAACCAUGACAGACCUCCAUCUAGUGAAGGAAAAGAACCCCUCCAUGCUGUGUUGAAGGAGUUACAGACCAUUGCUGCCAAUGUCUUAGAAGAUGACCUUGACGACGACGAUGAUGAGCUAGAUGAAAAUUAGGACUAGCCAUUAUAGGAGAAUAGCAAUCAUGAGUUAAUUUGACAUUCCAAACCAGGGGCCCGUCUUACAAAGAGUUGCGGUUGAUCCGAUCAAUCACAAAUAUGGAAAGCUAGCAAAGUCAACAUAUAAAAUGCAUGUCUGUUCAAAAAAAAAUUUCGAGAUAUGAUCUUUAUUCAUAGAUUCAUCAAUUUCUUGACAAGUUGGUGUGUUCUCCUUUGUUUUUCAAAGGAUAUUGUGCAAAUUUCCUUUUGAAAAAAUUAUGACACUGAUGGAUUUUCAUAGUUACGAUUGAUUGGAUCAAUUUUACAUGUAAGUCUUUGUAAGACGGGGCCCUGUAAAUCAUAUGGCUGAUCUCAGGGCAUAUUUUCUAAUUGGAACCGAUUUGAAGUGAGGGUUUGCCAAUCGUGAUGGACUCCAGUGAAACGACAUGUUUUUUUCUUUUGAAUUGAAAAGUGACAUCCUUGUCUUUAUGCAGACUUCGUAUUAGAAUUCUGAUAUUUUUUCAGGUAAAGGUUAGGGGAUGUGCCAAAAUGUGCUUGGUGUCAAUUUUUCCAGAAAAUUAUGACUAUACAUAUAAUUAACCCUGCCUUAGUCGCACUACCGGAAGUCAAAUAUUUGCAUAAGUUGAAGCAUUUUUAUAAAACCAGAUUAUGUGGUCUCAAAAGAUUUGAAAGAAGCAGAGUUACCUGUUUACUAAAAACUUACCCUUAAGUUUAUUAAGUUAUUUACUAUGCUUCCCCAAAACCAAAAAGGGUGAUGUUCUUUUUUUUUUGGUCUACAUAUACAUGUACGUCAGUUUUUUUCAUGUACCUGACCCCCCCCCCCCUUUCCUGACACACACUUGGUUACUUUUCCCCUUUUUCUGAUGGAAAAUAUUAACUUAUAAAUUAUUUAGUGAUUGUUUAUGGAAUUAUCCAAGCAAAUGAAAAAGCCUGUGCAACUAUUAAAGUUACUAAUGGACAAUAUCAAAGAUA